AUGCCUCUCAAAGAAAGCCGCGCCACGCGCAUGCUCGACCAUGCCGCUACAAACCACUAUGGCGUCCCCGCAAUGUGCUGCUACAACGUCGAGGGCAUUCUCGCUACAGUCCGCGCCGCAGAGGCCAAGCGUUCUCCAGCUAUGAUUCUCCUUUUCCCAUGGGCAGUGCACUACGCCGACGGAAUUCUAGUCCACGCCGUCGCCGAAGCAGCCAAGAAGGCCUCGGUCCCAGUAACAGUGCACAUGGACCAUGCACAGACACCUGAAAUUAUUCGUUACGCCGCGGAUCUUGGUGGAUUCGACAGUAUCAUGGUUGAUAUGUCGCAUUACGAGAAGGCGGAGAACCUUGCCUUAACCCGUGAGCUGGUGGAGUACUGCCAUGCGCGGGGCAUCGCUACGGAGGCUGAACCGGGCCGUAUCGAAGGUGGUGAGGAUGGAGUGGCUGAUACUGUCGAUUUGGAGGGUCUGUUGACAACCCCGGAGGAGAGUCAUGAGUUUGUUGAUACGGGGAUUGAUUGGCUUGCACCGGCUUUUGGAAAUGUGCAUGGGGAGUAUGGGCCUCGCGGAAUCCAGCUCGAGUAUGAGCGGUUGCAGUCCAUCAAUGAGGCUGUUGGGAAGAAGGUUCGACUUGUGCUUCACGGAGCUGAUCCAUUUACGAAGGAGAUUUUUCAAAAGUGCAUUGAUGCUGGAGUGACAAAGAUUAAUAUCAACAAGGUGUUGAACAAUCCAUACAUUAAGGUGCAGCAGGAGAAGGCUGGAAAGGUUCCCUUGACUACGUUGUUGGAGGAAACUACAAAUGCUAUGCAAAAGGCUGUGGAGGGAUGCAUGGAUAUGCUUGGUUCUACAGGAAGAUACCCUUAA